CUAGCAUGCCCAUAUUGCCACAUGCACACAGACCAUUUAUGGUUGAAAUAUGGGCGCAAGUAUUGUUACAUGGGUCAUCGCCGUUUUCUAUGUCGUGACCACAAGUGGCGUAGAAACAAGAGUUGCUUCAAUAAUGAGACAGAAAAUAGAGAUGCUCCAGUGCCACUCUCGGGCAAUGACGUGGUACAACAACAUGCAAGUUUUGAGCAGGAAACCUUUGGGAAAACUAGAAAGAGGAAGCGUGACGAUGAUAAUAAGUGGCAUAAUUGGAGGAAGAAGAGUAUAUUUUUUGAUCUCCCUUAUUGGAAGAACUUGCUUAUUAGGCAUAAUUUGGAUGUAAUGCACAUUGAGAAGAACAUCUGUGACAGCUUUUUAGGGACACUGCUUGAUAUGGAUGGUAAAUCAAAGGAUACUCUGAAGGCCCGUCUUGAUUUGCAGCACUUAAAGAUAAGGAAGGAUCUGCAUCCAAAUGUCAGUAAUGGAAAGUAUACUUUAAAUCUAGCUUGCUAUAAUUUGACCAAGGAUGAGAAGAAAAUGCUAUGCAAGUUUUUGCAUGGUGUAAGGAUGCCCGAUGGUUAUGCAUCAAAUCUAAAAAGAUGUGUGGACCUCGAAGGUUGUAAGGUGUCUGGGCUCAAAACUCAUGACUGCCAUGUCCUCUUUCAGAAACUUCUUCCCAUUUGGGUACGCAAUAUACUGCCCAAGAAAUUUGUUGUCCCAUUCCUCGAGCUAAGCCUAUUCUUUGCUGCGAUUUAUUCCAAGGAAUUAAAUCCUGAAGAGCUAGCAAAGUUGAGUCGUACAAUUCCAGAAACUCUCUGUCGACUUGAGAUGAUCCUUCCACCCCAGUUUUUUGAUAUCAUGAUGCACCUUCCUAUUCACCUUGCUGAAGAAGCUCGAUUAGGUGGACCUGUUGCUUACCGAUGCAUGUAUCCUGUGGAAAGAUAUUUGCGCACACUUAAAGGAUAUGUGCGGAACAAAGCUCACCCAGAAGGUUCAAUUGCCGAGGGUUACAUAGCUGAAGAGUGUCUAACAUUUUGUAGCCGCUUUUUUGGUAACAUUGAUACCAAGCUUAACCGGCCAGAGCGUCAGGAAGCUGCAGCUAGAGAUGAAGGACCAGCUGGACUUAGUGUAUUUGGCACAAUUGAUCACUCAAAGAAAGGUUUCACAUUUGAAACACUUUCUAAGGCAGAGAUGAAGCAAAUUAGGCACUACAUAAUAACAAACUGCGAGGAAUCCAACUCAUGGACCGAUGAGCAUCUGGAUGAGCUUACAAGGGCUGGUGCUCACGGUGUCCAGAAACGGCACAGAGACGAGUUUGUAGAUUGGUUCGAGAGGCGUGUAAGAACAUAAUACAUAGUAAUUACUUAUGCUCGUGUUAAUAAAAAUAGUUGUGGAUUUUUCUAAUAAUUUGCACGUGUUAAUACAGAUCCAGGCACUUCACAAAGAAGGGAAAGUCAAUGAUCUUUUGUAUGCCCUAUCUAGAGGACCUGACCGUCGAGCUCGUGUUUAUAACCGCACCUUCAUUAAUGGGUUUUUCUUUCGAAAUGAUAGUGUAGAAAGAGAUUUGAAUACCCAAAACAGCGGUGUUGUUGUUAGGGGUGAUGCUCGAUCUGGCAACCUUGAUUGGUUUGGUGUGAUCAAGAAAAUUAUUUGUGUAGAUUUUCCCUCGGAAAAGGAGGUAGUGCUAUUUCAAUGUGACUGGUUUGACGUGCCCUCUGCCAAUAAAAAUCAAAGCACGGGCUACAAGAAGGAUGAUUAUGGCUAUAUCGAUGUAGAUACUACCCGACUUCGAUAUAGGGAUGAUCCCUACAUACUAGGCAUUCAAGCAGAACAAGUGUUCUAUGUGAGAGAUGUCAAGAAGAUAAAUUGGGCUUCUAUUGUUAGAUUGAAGCCGCGAGACCUAUAUGCCAUGCCAUCAGUAGGAAAUGAUGACGAUGGAACCGGAGCUGAUGCUGACUUAUUUGAUAUUGUAGUUGGAGAUACAAAUGUGCCAGACAUAGACGGGGAUGUCGAAAGUUGGUCUAGAUCUGGCAUGGAAGGUGCCAGUGGUGAUGCUUCAGAUAUUCCGAAGAUACCCGAAGUUGAUCCCGGAGAUGAUGAGCUUCAAUCUGAUAGUGAUAGCUGUGAUGAUGAUGAGACAUAUAUAAAUGAUGGCCAUGUUCCUCAUUUAGUA